AUGGCUACUGAGAGCACAGCCGCCUUCUGGGCGAAGACCGACAAGUACUUGAUGUCAACGGGCGUUCCUUACUCUCCCGUUAUCAUCACAAAAGCCAAGGGCACGAAGCUUUACGAUGCUGAAGGUCGCCAAAUCUUGGACUUUACGUCUGGUCAAAUGAGCUCUCUAUUGGGCCACUCACAUCCGGAAAUCGUGGAGGUCGUUCAGAAGUAUGUUGCUGAGCUCGACCAUCUGCUCAGCAACAUGAUCACUCAACCAGUUGCUGAUCUCGCCGAGAGAUUGGGCAAGCUGUUGCCCGCUCCUCUUGAAAAGUCCUUCUUCCUCAACACUGGUUCAGAAACCACAGAAGCCGCCAUCAAGAUGGCAAAGCUCCACACCGGCAAAUUCGAAAUCGUCGCUAUGUCGGCAAGUUAUCAUGGCCUCACAUCAGAACGGUGGCCCUGUAAUGCCGGGCCAACUCGCAUUCCCCGCACCUUACGCCUACCGUUCCAUCUUCCGCACUGCCGACGGCGCCUACGACUGGGAAAAGGAGAUGGACUUUGGUUGGUCUAUGAUUGA